CCAUCCCUGACACAAGCGCCGUACACGUGGCGUCCAUUAGUCUUAAAUUAUUCGGUGACUGUUACUUGAUGACUUGUCAGUUUUCCACGAGUUAAACGGUUCACGUCAUCACGGCUAGACACUGAAUUCUCAUUUUAUCCUUCGCUACGACAAUUAAUCAAGUGCAAGAUAUUAGUGAAAGGGUAAAUUCGUCAAUCGAAGCAAACAUGAGUCGAUAAAAUUGACAGAGUCACAGAUUCUUUUUCUCUCUCUCUUGUUUGCUCUUUGUUGAUCUGUCUGUGUGGGAUUCUUCCUUUAGUCCUCUGUUGAUCUAUCCAGUCGAAUCUUACGAAAUUUUUAGAUUGAAGAUGAGGUCGCUUCAAGCACCGAUUGUUUGCCCUAGUGUUCGUCCUAGACAACUGGGUGUCUCUGCUUCACUUGUCAACUGCUCUGUUUCGAAAACUAGGAGUCUCAGAAACCAAUUCUGGGGUAAUCAGACCAGAAAUGUCAAGUCUCAGGUUGCUACAGUGAAUCUUCGUCGGAGGUCUAAGAGUAUACAAUGUCUUUUCAGCUCGCAUUCUGAUGGUACCGGAAGCACAGCAGAGAAUUUCAACGAGAACGAUGAGGAUUAUGUCAAGUCUAGUGUAUUGGAAGCUGUUGAGGUAAAGAGUGGACCAGAUGGUUUCAUGGUGAAGAUGAAGGAUGGGAGGCAACUUAGAUGUGUCCACAAUAAUCCUCAAGGAGGGAAUCUUCCAAAUUAUGCUCCACAUUCUGCAAUUGUGCUGAAAAUGGAAGAUGGAACUGGUCUUCUUCUUCCUAUUAUCGUCUUGGAGAUGCCUAGUGUGUUACUUAUGGCAGCAAUAACAAAUGUUCAAAUAGCAAGACCCACUAUGUAUCAAGUGGUGAAGGAGAUGGUAGACAAAAUGGGUUAUGAGGUUAGACUUGUUAGAGUUACCACAAGAGUUCACGAGGCAUAUUUCGCAGAAUUAUACCUUUCAAAGGUGGGUAAUAAGUUGGAGUGCGUUAGCUUUGAUCUUCGUCCUUCAGAUGCAAUUAACAUAGCUGUUAGAUGCAAGGUACCUAUCCAAGUCAACAAGUAUCUAGCUUAUAGUGAUGGAAUGAGAGUCAUCGAUUCUGGAAAGCUAUCAAAGCAAACACCUGCUUCAGAUGGUUUAUUGUUUACUGAACUAGAUCGGCCAAACGGUCAGCCUUGUUUUGAUACAAAAGAAUUCGAUCUAUUAAGGAACAUGAUGCAAGCUGUUGAUGAAGAACGGUAUGAUGAAGCCGCUGAGUGGAGAGACAAGCUUGGCCAGUUUCAGGCAAAACGCAAAUUAAGGAAAUACACAUGACAGCUCGCAGACAGAUACAUAAUUUAUGUAAAUAAUAAAGAAGCCAAUUACCAUUUGCCGAAGCUGUAAUCAUGACGCACUUGCAAAAGAAAAAUAUCUCUCUAGUAUAUGAUACUUUUCUCUAUCUACACUUGUGCACGUAGUUGAUUCUCAAGAAACGGACAAAAUAAAAAAAAUGUUAUGUAAUUGUAGCGUGAUCGUGAUGUGAUGUGAUGUGAUGUGUACAAUAUACAUUAAUCUUCUGUAAUGUAUGGUAAGCCUAAGCCUUCUCUAAUUAAAUAUGCUUUUAGUUUUUGUCA